AUUUCAAAAAGGGGGGUGACACGCUAAAGGGGGACAAGGAGCGGAUAUAAAGUUGCACUCCUCUUGUACCCUUCUUCUUUCUUUUAUUAAAUUUUUUUUUGUUCUAAAAUGAGUCAAAAUACAGCCCCUACAACAAACGCAACAGCAAAGACGUUAUCUUCAUCAAAGACGUUUCCAAGGAGGAUUCGGUCUGCUUCCGCACGUCUAUUUUCAUCUACAAAGUCAAAUCCAACAUUACAUAAGCGUUAUUCAUGUUAUUUUAAUUCUGAAUCAAAUCAACAACAUCUAUCUAUAUUGAACCCAUCAACGUGGUUCCCCAAGAUACGCUGUCGGUCGUCAUCAUCAUCAUCUUCAUUUUCACUUGUAUAUUCACCAUCAUCCGAGCAUCAUUCACCUAAACAUCCAUAUUAUUCAGAACCACAUGCAUCUAACUUGGAAAGUUUAUCCUCGGAGCUUGAAGAGCUUUACAAUAAUGCUAAAAUCGAGAUUGAUUUUGCUACGGAGUCUUUUGGAUCUAUUUAUUAUGAAGGUGACUACUCCACUGCACACUCUAGUUUUGAAUCCUGCCUAUCAAAAUAUCAAUCAGCCAUGCAAACUUUUGGUGACACUGCCAAUUCAAUAAAGUUCAGGUUCCGCUGGGAAACAGACAUUCAUCAACUCCGCCUUCGCCUCAACGCAUUACCAGAAGUAACCCACUCCAUCUACGAUUAAAUAGACAAAAAAGAACCAACCAUCAUGUUUAUAUAUAAAGAAAGCAUCAAAAUAGUUAAAAAACAUAUACUUUAAUAACUAGUAUUUAAUCAUUCAAUAAAAUGCACUGCUUUUAUUUCACGGA